UCUUUUCAGGCGGGGAAGCCGGCCGUGCCCGUCUCCAAGAUGGCCGAGCGGCGGUUAUUAUGUUAUGUCAGGUGGUGAGAGGUGAAAGGCGACGGCGGUGGCGGAGGGAGGCCUCUCGGUUCCAGGAAGAUGGCAGAAAGCGAGCGGCAGCCGGACUCCUCUGCGGAGGAGGCAACCCCGCCUCCUGCCCCCUGCCAGAAAUUCAUGCUCCCUAAAAAGGAAAUCAACAUGGUUCCCGACAUGGCCAAGUGGAAGCGCUCUCAGGCAUACGCUGACUACAUCGGCUUCAUCCUCACGCUGAAUGAAGGCGUCAAGGGCAGGAAGCUGACGUGUGAAUACAAAGUCUCUGAGCCCAUUGAAAAGCUGGUAGCUCUCCUGAAUACGCUUGACCGGUGGAUCGACGAGACCCCGCCGGUGGACCAGCCGUCUCGCUUUGGGAACAAGGCCUUCCGGAGUUGGUACGCCAAAUUGGACCAGGGAGCAGAAAAUCUGGUGGCCACAGUGGUCCCCGAGCAGCUUGCGGAAGCCGUGCCAGAAGUGGCUGUGUACUUGAAGGAAGCCGUCGGGAACUCCACACGCAUCGACUACGGGACAGGUCACGAAGCGGCGUUUGCCGCCUUCCUGUGCUGUCUCUGCAAAAUCGGGGUUCUCCGGGUGGAUGACCAGUUGGCGAUCGUCUUCAAGGUGUUCAACAGGUAUUUGGAAGUCAUGCGGAAGCUGCAGAAAACCUACCGAAUGGAACCAGCCGGGAGCCAAGGAGUCUGGGGUCUGGACGAUUUCCAGUUCUUGCCCUUCAUCUGGGGCAGCUCACAACUGAUAGAUCACCCCAACUUGGAGCCUCGGCACUUUGUUGACGAGAAGGUGGUGAACGAGAACCAUAAGGACUACAUGUUCCUGGAGUGUAUCCUGUUCAUUACGGAGAUGAAGACGGGACCCUUUGCCGAGCACUCCAACCAGCUCUGGAACAUCAGCGCUGUCCCUUCCUGGUCCAAAGUCAACCAAGGCCUCGUCCGCAUGUACAAAGCCGAGUGCCUGGAGAAGUUUCCCGUGAUUCAGCACUUCAAGUUCGGUAGCCUGCUCCCCAUCCAGCCCGUCGCAUCUUAAGGAGGUUCUUUUUUGCGGGGGGAGAGGCACCGGAGAAUGUGGGAGGGGGCGGAUGCUCCUCUCCCCGCUCACCCCUACCCCUCCGGCCGCCACCACGCCAUCCCUGCGGAUUAUCUUAUGUUUGUCGAGCGGGAGGGCCAGAGUGUGUGGGGUGGGAGGAAGCAGAGUCUCUGCCGAAUCUUGCAUGGAAGCAGGCGGGUUUGGGUGGGGGAGACCCACCCCUCAGAAGCGCAGGCGGUGGAUCUGGACCCUAGACCACGGUGACCCAGCUCUCUGCACCGAACCCUCCUUCGCCCCGGCAUGUCCGGCCUCUCCGCGCUCUUCUUCCCCCCCCCUGGGUUUGUUCUUUCCCACCCCCUAAGGCCCUGCUGUACAUUGGUUUUGGAAAAUACAAGUGCUUGAAAUGGA